ACGGUAACCCUACCGCGUCUACGAUUUGUUUCUGAAAAGGUCGUCGAUGACUUAGCGAUUAUACAAAAUUACAAAGAAAUUGUAGCUGUUGUGUCAUUUUAAUAUACGUUUUUUAAGUAGUAAACAUAUACAUUAUGGCCGGAGCAAUGUUGUUUGAGAGAUCACGAGUCUCAUCGUCGAACAGAGACGAAGACGUUCGCAUGACUGACAAAAUGAUUAGCGCAGGAGACCUGCCUGAAGAUGACGAGGAAAACAUCAGAGCGAAAGAACAAGGCAUAUUGAAUCUCGGCGAGAAAUACAAGAAGGAAGGUAAAGCCAAGGAACUCGCAGAAUUGAUAAAAGCUACUAGGCCGUUUCUCAGUUUGAUAAGUAAGGCUAAGGCAGCAAAAUUAGUGCGAUCACUCGUAGAUUUCUUCUUGGACUUGGAAGCCGGCAUAGGAAUUGAAGUUCAGUUGUGCAAAGAGUGUAUAGAAUGGGCCAAGGAAGAACGCCGUACGUUUUUGCGACAGUCUCUGGAGGCGAGGCUUAUUGCUCUGUAUUUCGACACAGGUAUGUAUACAGAAGCUCUAGACCUAGCCACAGCACUUUUGAAAGAGUUAAAGAAGUUAGAUGACAAAAAUUUGUUAGUUGAAGUACUUCUUUUAGAAAGUAAAACUUACCAUGCUCUUAGUAAUUUACCUAAAGCGCGUGCCUCCUUGACAUCAGCAAGAACAACAGCAAAUGCUAUCUAUUGCCCUCCAAAAAUGCAGGCUGCUCUUGACUUACAAUCUGGAAUACUUCACGCUGCAGAUGAGAGAGACUUUAAAACUGCUUACUCAUACUUUUAUGAAGCUUUUGAAGGGUAUGAUGGUGCUGACAGUCCUAAGGCUUUAACUGCUCUCAAAUAUAUGUUGUUGUCUAAAAUUAUGCUCAAUCAGGCUGAGGAAGUGGCGACCGUUUGUAGUAGUAAAUCUGCUCUUAAGUAUGCUGGAAAAGACCUGGAAGCAAUGAGAGCUGUAGCGACGGCGUCACACAAGAGAUCUCUUGCUGAUUUUCAAGCUGCAUUAAAAACAUACAAACCAGAGCUUGAAGAAGACGCAGUAGUGCGUGCCCAUCUUGGAGCGCUAUAUGAUACCAUGUUGGAACAAAACUUAUGUCGUAUUGUGGAGCCUUAUAUGAGAGUUCAAGUUGACCAUGUAGCUAAAUGUAUCCGUUUGCCUGUUGUUCAAGUAGAGAAGAAAUUAUCUCAAAUGAUCCUUGAUAAAAAGUUGAACGGCAUACUGGACCAGGGUGAAGGUGUAUUAAUUGUUUUUGACGAGUCACCCUUGGAAAAGACAUACGAGACAGUUUUAGAAACGAUCCACCACAUGAGCAAAGUUGUUGAUACCCUCUACCAGAAAGCUAAAAAAUUGUCAUAGGCCCAUGUAAAUUUGUUGUAGCAUUAUAAUUAUAAAAUAUAUAUCAAAUAACCUUAAAUUUUCAGUUCAAAUAAUUGUAAAUUAAUGCUAUUUUUAAAUGCUAAAUUUCAUUAACACAAUAAUAUCUUAUUAAAGCUAAACAGUGUCUUGUUACAGAGAAUUUCCCUGUUCCUUUUUUAUUAAAUCUAAAAAUGUUACUCAGUUAAAAUAUGUAAUACUAAUUUCAUUUUAUCUUUUUUUUUAACUUAAGCUAGUGACAAAUUGUAAUAUUCUGUUUUUUU